UCUCUCUCUCUCUCUCUCUAGCCUGUCUUACCUGAUCAAGAAAAGCAUAAGGGAUCAGACUCUUUUUGUAGCUUGAAAAAGGUUUUUGAACUGUUCAAUCAUACCAGUCCUAUAACCUUAUUGCACCCGCUACCUAUCUCACUAGCUCCCGCAUAUUACCUGCAGAGUUCACAGACUUAUCGUCGCAGAAAAAAGCCUGAAGAGACUGUUAGCACGAGUCCCUUUUGCUCAAUUUUGACUUCAAAUCCAGCUAUCGUUUCUUGGGAUUAGCGCAAUAUUUUCACUCUCAUCAUCAUCCUUGACCAGUCCCUUUUCUGCUUCCCCCCAAAAAAGCUGAAGUGUCUAUUUUCUUCGAUUCAUUUGCAGAACCACCUGCUAUGGGAAAUUUUUACAGCUCUUUAUGGAUCGCUUCCCAAUGCCUAGCUAGCUAAGGUAAUACCCACUACUAGUCUCUCUCGUCUCUUUCCUUGCAUCAGAUUUUCUGACUAGCUAGUGUCGAUUUCUCUCACUCCCAAAUGAUGCAAUUUACUGAAACACCACCUCAACCCUUACACCAAAUUGUGACCACACCACCGUUCUCUCCAAAUCUCCCAAUCAUGAACAAAAACCAGACACACCGGACGCGUCCGUGGCCUGGCUUCCCCACGUCGUCGAAGCUCACCAACUUCGGCGACGCCAACUGCAUGGAGCAGCUACUAGUCCACUGCGCCAACGCCAUCGAGACCAACGACGCCACAUUGGCGCAGCAGAUCUUGUGGGUUCUCAACAACAUUGCUCCCCCGGACGGCGACUCGAACCAGCGCCUCGCGUGCGCUUUUCUUCGAGCACUCAUCGCUCGUGCGGCCAGGAGCGGAAGUCUUAAGCUCCUUGCCGCAAUGAACGCCGCCCAGGCUAACCUCGCCAUCCACACUCAUAAAUUCUCCGUCAUCGAGCUCGCCGGGUUUAUUGAUCUCACGCCGUGGCACCGGUUUGGCUUCACCGCCGCAAACUCUGUCAUUCUCGAAGCGGUGGAAGGCUACUCCGUUAUCCACAUCGUUGACUUGAGUUUGACUCACUGCAUGCAAAUUCCAACUCUGGUCGAUGCCAUUGCUUCUCGUCAGGACGGGUUAACUACUCCUCCGCUGCUGAAGCUCACUGUAGCCGGAACAACAGAGGACGUGCCGCCGAUGCUGGAUCUUUCGUACGAGGAGCUGGGAUCGAAAUUGGUCAAUUUUGCAAGAUCCCGGAACAUAAUCCUAGAGUUUAGAGUCAUCCCUUCGAGUUAUACAGACGGAUUUGCAAACUUAAUCGAGCAGCUUCGGGUCCAGAACUUGGUGUACCCAGAGAGUGGACAUGAGGCUCUAGUCAUAAACUGUCACAUGAUGCUCCAUUACAUUCCGGAAGAGACGUUUCAGAAUUUCGAGCCUUGUUCUUCGUCCUCAACAUCCAUCACUACUUCCUCCUCUUCACUGAGGUCGAUGUUUUUGAAAGCCGUUCGGGGUUUGGACCCAACCGUCGUCGUUGUGGUGGACGAGGACGCUGACUUGACUUCCAACGAUUUGGUGGGGAGGCUGAGGUCGGCGUUCAACUAUCUGUGGAUUCCUUAUGAUACUAUUGACACGUUUCUGCCGAGGGGAAGCAAGCAGAGGCAGUGGUACGAGGCCGAUAUGUGCUGGAAAAUCGAGAAUGUGAUUGCCUACGAGGGAUUUCAGAGGGUCGAGAGGCUGGAACCCAAAUGCCGGUGGGUGCAGCGGAUGAGGAGCGCCGGCUUUCGAAGCGUUUCGUUCGGAGUGGAGGCUGUGAAUGAGGUGAAAGCUAUGCUGGAUGAGCACGCGGCGGGGUGGGGGUUGAAGAGGGAAGAAGAAGAUCUUGUGCUUACUUGGAAGGGACACAAUGUUGUUUUUGCCACUGCUUGGAUGCUUGCUUGAAUUGAGUUAAUUUUCUGAUGAUGAUGAUGAUGAUCUGACAACUGAAUUAAUAUAGAAUUGAUCUUACUUUUGUUCUAAAUUAUUAGCUCUGCUGAUUUGUUUGGUCUGUCAUUAGAGUUAGCUAAUGGAUUUAGUUAGUCUUCUUCUACUGCUGUUUUUAAUAGUAGAUGUAAGAGUGAGAGAGCUUUAAUGUGAUGAUGAAGGCUUCAGUUCUUAUGUCGAACGAAUAAAUUGUUUCUUUGCAUUA